AUGGUUAAAAUAACAGCUUCGCAAAGAAGCAACUUCACGGAGAAACGAUUCAGUGAAAUCAUCUCAAGCUGGAGCCGCACAGCGAGUUUAAUCACCCCUAGAGAGCUGAACAACUGUGAACACAAUGGGACACAAACUCAUUUUGAGAGAAGAAGCAUGUCCCGACUCUCUCUCACACGGUCCCCAGUCUCUCCCCUGGCAGCUCAGGGAAUCCCGCUCCCAGCUCAGCUCACCAAGUCCAACGCUCCCGUGCAUAUCGACGUAGGGGGACACAUGUACACCAGCAGUCUGGCUACCCUCACCAAGUAUCCGGACUCGAGGAUAAGUCGUCUAUUCAAUGGCACAGAGCCCAUCGUACUAGACAGUCUGAAGCAACAUUAUUUCAUUGAUCGAGAUGGGGAAAUAUUCAGAUAUGUCCUUAGCUUCCUGCGGACGUCCAAACUCCUCCUGCCAGAUGACUUCAAGGACUUCAGCCUCCUAUAUGAAGAGGCACGUUACUACCAGCUGCAGCCGAUGGUAAGGGAGCUAGACCGCUGGAAGCAGGAACAGGAGCAGCGGCGCCGUGGCCAGGCCUGUGAAUGCCUUGUGGUUCGUGUGACACCUGACCUUGGCGAGCGCAUUGCCCUCAGUGGGGAGAAGGCACUUAUUGAGGAAGUCUUCCCGGAGACCGGUGAUGUCAUGUGCAACUCUGUCAAUGCUGGGUGGAACCAGGACCCCACACACGUCAUCCGCUUCCCGCUGAAUGGCUAUUGUCGGCUCAACUCCGUACAGGUCCUCGAGAGACUGUUUCAGAAAGGCUUUAGCGUGGCCGCAAGCUGCGGGGGAGGGGUGGAUUCCUCCCAGUUCAGUGAAUAUAUGCUGUGCCGGCAGGACAGACGGCUUCAGCAGGCUCCAACUACAAUCCGGAUAAAACAGGAACCCCUGGACUAGGCCUGCCAUUGCCGUCUUGGUGCUGAGCCAUCCCCAUGGGAGGCACCAAGGGGGUCGGAAAACAGUGUUAGCAACUCGGGUGUGGAGCUCCUCGGCCAGUUAGGGGCGGUCACCCAGUCAGUCCUCAUUGUAAAGCCCCAGAGCAUGCCUGGCAGGUGGACAGGAGGCUUUGCGGGAAGGUGAUUGAAUGCAGUUUCCUCCCAGCAGCGGUGGCAUUGGACCUAACCAGCACUUAGCCAGUGCUGGAGGGGUGUUUGAUUGGGCUUUAGUGACAGGACCUGUGUGGAAGGAGCCCAGUCAACAGCCUUCCGGAACACCCAACCCCCCUCCUGACCUGGUGCCGAAGGCCCUGGGAGGGGCUGAGGCCAGUGUGACACUGUGCUGGAUGUUGCCUCAUCUGAGGCAUCACGUCUCGCCAGACGUGCUCCACAUCUCCAUGCGUGUGUCUGACGUCUGUGAUUGUUCAUGCUAGUAAAUGGCUUAUUUUUCUACAAUAUUUAAAAUGAAAGUGGCUUCUCUGCCGAGGUUGGAGAAACAGACAAGGACCGAUGCAUAUUUAUCUGGUGCUCAAUACUUUUAAAAAAAGGAAACUUAUCAGUGUGACUAAUUGCGGCCUAUUCUCGAAAGUAAGAUCCACCUUGAGAGCAGCCCCAACCCCAGGACAGGACCCCAAAAACCAAGGCCAAAGUAUGGAAGCUUUCGUAUUAGCAAAGCAGACCAAGGAAGAUGCCAGCCCUGUCUCCCCCACUCCCCCACUUUGUUCUAUGUGCAGGCAUCUCAGGUCCUGGUGCCCCUGCAGGGGGUGAGGGAGGGAGGUCAGCACAUGCUCUGUCUGGAGCUUUAGGAAAAAGCCACCCUUUAUGCUCGUGCACUGCAGGAUGGGAUGCAUCUUUGUUUCUUCUUUCUCUGUUAAUUUAAAAGUAUUUUUGAAAUACUGAUGGCAUACUUGCCCUUGUGCUGUGUGUCUGUCUCUUAAGGGAAGGUCUGUCCCCACCACUUUCAUUUGGCCCCUCCAAUGUUUCUUUAAUGAAAACAGUUAUCAUCUCUUCUGACUUAAGCAGCAGCCGCUUCUGUAACUCAGGAGACAGCACUGUGUUUGCAGGUGGCAGCCUAUAAAUAGCGUUCUGUGAAAUCCUGCUCAUUGCUGUGUGGCAUGAUUGGGGGCCUCAGUCACUAAUUCGUGCGCUAAUCACAAUUUAGUUUCUCCCACAUUAAUUUAUAGAAUCCUGUUGUAGACACUGAAUUUUAAUUAAACUGUUCUUAGACAAACAUGGUCAUUAAGGAGAGGGACUGAGCUCUUCUGGUGAUCUGGGGCCCCUCAGUCCAGACAGUGAAUUUGACAGAAACAUAGACCCAGAACAGAAACAAAUGAGCCCACUGGGGGCCUGUUCCCUCCCUUGUGCAAACAGGUACUGAGCCAGGCUUGUCUGGUGUUUGGGGGGCUGUCAAGCUAAGCUGUUCCUUCUUUGAUUUUAUAUAGUGUGACACUUUAUACACUCACUGAUGGAAAAAGCUACCCCGUCCUGCCAUAUCUGAACAGAUGGCACACCAUUCACCUUCCUCUGUAAGAUACCUGUAGAAUUGUAUAUUAUGCAUUUAAUAUUGUAAAGAUCCUAAUGUAUAUUGUCGUGUAUUCCUUACACAGUACUUCAUGCCAUAAACAUUUCUCUAAUGGACUGAAAUGCAGUCCUGAGGAUUAA